ACAGGGACAAGUGACCCCAUGGGGACCCACUAGCAGGGCAGGCACAGACCUCUUGCGGAGGACAGCAUUCGAGCACCUUAACCCCGCAUCCCCAAACCAAAACAGAGGGUCCUUAUCCCUUCUCCUCCCCCCUGGUGGCGCCUGCGCCCCCCACAAGCCCACCGGUGGGACCACGGCCCACCCCAGCCCCACAGUACCCGCUCUCCACCCUCAGCCCCUCGUGGCCCCUCAGCCCCAGGGCCUGAUGCUCCCGCGCUGCCCCCCGCGCUCCGCCGCGGCCGUUGCUCCCGACGGCGCCGCCCAGUGCCGUUAGUCCGUCCGCGGCCAUGGAGGUGCCGGUGCCGCUCCUGGUGCUGCUGCCCACCCUCCUCGCCGGGCUCCUGUCGUGUCCCGGCGCCGUCGCCAGCGUCCCGGUGAGUGCCGUCCCCAGGAAGGGCGAUCCCACCCGCCUCCCCCUGGGCCGCCAGGGCAGGGCGGCCCUUACCCAGAGCCCCGGGCUAGGACCGGGGAGCCGGCACCCGCCUGCCCUGGAGAGCCCCAUCUCCUUCCUAUCAGCCCCACCUGCGGUGCGCUCGGGACGGUUCCUCGCCGCCCGUGUGUCCCGCUGCCUCCCGUGAAGUGCCGGUGUUUUU